GAAAAGUAAAACAAAAGUAUUUAAUGCUUGCAGUUAUCAUAAGCUAUUCGUAACACCUGAUCGUAAAACAUUUAACUGUAUUAAACGAAAGUUCGUAAAAUAGAUUCCAUAGUGAAUAAAAGGAGUAUAACCGUUCGAGUGGCUCGGAAAAACGGCUUUCCUAUCUGUUGGAACUGGAACAACGACUUUCCACUAGGAGGGACUCGGAAAAACGUCGACCCCCUUUGAGAGAUGCUACUCAAAAUGUAUCCAGUCUGUCGGAAUCUGGACGACAGUCUACCUGUAUGAAUGCACAAGUUUCAGAAGGAAAAGAAAAAGCUUUAGUGGUCGCUGCCAUAGAUUUUGGAACGACCUACUCAGGCUGGGCGUUUUCAUUUAAACACGAUUUCGAACGGGAUCCGAUCAAUGUGUCAGCUAAAACAUGGCUUGGUGGCCAGCUUACUUCAUUAAAAGGUCCUACGUGUAUAUUGAUCAAACCAGACGGAAAGACUCUUGAGGCGUUUGCAUACGAUGCAGAAACUCGCUACAGUGAAUUGAGCGAGAAAAAUAAACACAAAAAAUGGUUCUACUUUCGAAGGUUCAAAAUGGCCUUGUGGAAAAAGUCCAUUCAUAAAGACACAGUUUUAGAAGACGAAUGUGGCCGAGAGCUCCUAGCGUUGACAGUGUUUUCCCUGUCAAUCAAAUUCAUGAAAGAUAAUCUGUUCGAGAAAACUGAAAGUCAAGUGUCAGGAUUGAAAGAAGACGAUAUUCACUGGGUUCUGACCGUGCCUGCUAUUUGGAAUGAUUCAGCAAAACAGUUUAUGAGAAUGGCUGCGGAGCAGGCCGGGAUAUCAUCAGACAAGCUGACCCUUGCACUUGAACCAGAAGCAGCCUCACUGUACUGCAGACAUCUUCCUGUCAAGAAGGAUGGAGAUUGCAGUCUUUCCACACUGAAGGCUGGAACAAAAUAUUUAGUUCUAGAUGCAGGAGGUGGAACUAUUGAUAUUACGGUCCACGAAGUGUGCACAGGAGGGACCCUAAAAGAAGUCCACAAGGCGACUGGAGGUGAAUGGGGAGGAACGAACGUUGAUGCGGCGUUUAUGGAAUUUCUUGGAAAGAUUACAGAUGAAAAGGCAAUUCAGAAAUUCAAAGAUGAUAAUAUGGAAGACUAUAUUGAACUUUUUCGUGAUUUUGAGAUAAAGAAGAGAGCUAUAGACACUUCAAAGACUGGAAAAAUAACCAUCAAAGUGCCCCUAUCACUUAUUGAUCAUGUGAGAGAUGUAACAAAAAAGAAAUUGAAAGACAAACUGCAAUCAUCGGGCUACGGAGAAAAGGUCACGCUGGCCGGGGAUAAAAUUCGCUUGGAUGCCGAUAUCAUGCGUUCGUUCUUUAGCACAUCUUGGCGCAAAUCGUCGAACAUGUUUCUGAUUUGCUACAAAAAGAAGAAUGCAGUGGCGUCGAGGCCAUUCUGAUGGUUGGGGGAUACUCCGAGUGCAUGUUUCUCCAAGAAGCCAUCAAAAAGCGGUUUACGCAGCUGAAAAUCAUCGUUCCACCCGAUGCAGGCCUUGCCGUUCUGAAGGGUGCAGUCAUAUAUGGCCAUUCUCCCAUGGCCAUUACCGAGCGCGUUUCAAAGUAUACCUACGGUAUAGAUGUAGUAUGCACCUUCAUCAACGGGGAGCACCCAUGGUCUAAACGUCAGAUUCAGAAAGAUGGUGUCAUACGGUGUACAGAUAUAUUUUCCAAACUUGUUGAAGUUGGAGAUAAGCUUGUUGUCGGUCAAGCACAGAAUGAGGAAUCUUAUAUUCCAGUAUUUGAUGAUCAGAAAUCUAUGGAUGUGUCAAUAUUUGCUACGUGUGACAAAAAUCCCAAAUUUACAACCGAUGACGGAUGCAAGAAAAUUGGCAG